AUGGCCAAACACAAGAAAACACCCGCCCCAGCCCCACCACCACCGGCAGCAUCAUCCGCUGGGAAGAGCUCGUCAUCGAGCGGGAAAAAAGACACCAAGAAGAAACCCCCAGCAGCCGAAGACGACAGUUUCAUCGUCUUCACCAACUCAGACAAGGACCCCAAGCGCCGCACAGGCGGUGGUCCCAGCAAAGGCGGUCCUUCCUCCGCUGGUCAGCAACAAGAAAGUAUUGACUCUGGCCCCCCAAAACCAACAGUCAAGCAAAUCAUCGGCGGCGCUUCCUGGACAGGAAAACUACCAGUCAAUCUCCUCUCUGAGCACUGCCAACGCCAGAAAUGGGAUCGUCCAGAGUACAACACCAUGAAGACCAAGGAUGGGUUUUCGGUUAUCGUCUCUUUAUCUGCUCGCAACCCGAAAACGCAAGAAGUGACGAAAUUGCCGCCUUUUAAACUGCCGCCUAGUCAUGUCCAUUUGGCGAUUAAACCGACUGCGUUGGAGGCGAAGCAUUUCGCGGCGACGUAUGCGCUUUUUAGGGUUUGUAGUAUGAAGAAUAUUCAUAUGACGCUGCCGCCGGAUCAUAGGGGGUAUUGGAAGGAGUUGGAGCAGUUGAAGAGGGAGGAUGUGAAGGAGGGGAGGGGGUGGAUGUAUGAGGCUGAUCCGUUCCAGGCCUUGAGGGAGAGGGAGGAGGCGAAGAGGGAGGCGGAGAAGAAGAGGGCGCAGGUUCAGGCUGCGAGGGAGAAGCAGCUGCAGGAGCAGGCGAGCUUUGGGGGGGUACCGAUGAGGGGACCGGGUGGGGGGUCGGGAGCGGGAGGAGGAGGUGGUGGGGGGGCGAGUAACUUGAUGAGGGGUUGGGCUACGGUGCCCAAGAUUGAGAUGGGUGGGAAGACUAGGACGCAGCUGGAGGAGAUUUUGAGGAGGGAGACGGUGUGGAAUCCGCAUGGGGUGGUGAUGACGGAGAGGCAGAAGGGGGAGAUUGUGAGGGAGUUGAAGGGGCUGGGGUUUAGGCAGAGCCAUGUGGAGGAGGCGGUGGAGGAGUGUAAGGAUCGGGAGGAGACGUUGGAGUGGUUGUUGGUGCAUAUUCCGGAGGAUGAUUUGCCUAGGUGGGCGCUGCCGGAGAAGUAUAGCGCGGGAGUUACGGUUGCUGCGACGGAUUUGAGGAGGGAGGGGGCGAUCAAGCGGUUGGCGGAGUCGGGGUAUUCGGUUGAUUUGGUGAGGAAGAUAUAUGAUGCCAAUGGGGGUGAUGAGGGGAAAGCUGCUUGCGCUCUGCAGGAGUUGCUCUUGGCGAGCGGGAGUGGUGAGCAGGAAAAGGCGCAGGAGGAAGAGCUUGAUACCUGGAGGGACUCGGAUGAGUGCUGGGAGGAGGAGAUGGCUACUCUCGAGGCGAGCUUUGGUGAUCUCUACUCGAGCAGCUCGCCUGAGGUGUGCAAGAUUCGGCUGGAGGGGGUUGUCAACGGGACUCACAAGGAUGUGGAGACAUACUUGCAGUUCCGAAAGUCGCCCGAGUAUCCUGCGCAGGUCAUCUUGGCCAUCGAGGCCCAGCUUCCGGCGUACAUCAAGUUGAGCAUCAUCAAGAAGGCGUUGGCGUAUGCGAGGGAAUCACUGCAGGGCGAGGAGACCAAGAUUUAUUUUAUCGUGGAUUGGAUCCAGCAGAAUAUCAACGAGAUUAUCGAGAAGCCAGGCGCUUUGAGAGAUGUUGCGGCAGUGGCAUCGGCUGCCUCAGAAGUACCAAGACCGGUGGUCAAGUCAUCACGGAAGCGGCAACGGUACCCGAAGCCCAUCAAUUGGACACCAAACCCGCAGAGCAAGCAGGAGUGGUUGGCCCGGACAGAGGCUCCCAACUACAAGAAGAUGGCGGCGCAGAGAGAAAGACUGCCGGCUUGGCAAGUCAGGCAGAGAGUUGUCCAGACUGUUCAGCAGAACCAAGUCACCAUCAUUUCUGGAGAGACGGGUUCCGGAAAGUCUACGCAGUCUGUUCAGUUCGUUCUGGAUGACCUGUACGAUCGGGGUCUUGGCGGGAGUGCCAACAUUAUCGUCACCCAGCCCCGUCGUAUCUCUGCUCUCGGUCUUGCCGACCGUGUGGCUGAGGAGAGAUGUACUCAGGUUGGGCAGGAGGUCGGUUUCUCGAUUCGUGGCGAGCACAAGACAAGCCCGAGCACCAAGAUCACUUUUGUGACCACUGGUGUGUUGCUCAGAAGAUUGCAAACUUCUGGCGGCAGGGUUGAAGAUGUGGUGGCAUCUCUAGCUGACGUCAGUCACAUCGUUAUCGAUGAAGUCCACGAGCGUAGCUUGGACACGGACUUCCUGUUGAGCAUUGUUCGCGAUGUUCUUUACAAACGGAGAGAUCUCAAGCUUAUCCUCAUGAGCGCCACUCUUGACGCGUCUUCGUUUAGGGAUUACUUCAUGGUAGACAAGCAGAACGUCACGGUCGGUCUGGUCGAGAUCGCGGGCCGCACAUAUCCUGUCAAUGACUUCUACCUAGACGACAUCAUCCGUAUCACUGGCUUCAGUGGUGGAAAUCUCGGUGGUAGGAACGACUACUACGACGACAGCGCAAACCAAGCGUCUGGCAGAGAUGUCGACCCCGUCAACAAGAUUAUCCAGAGACUGGGACACCGGAUCAACUAUGACCUGCUUGCUGAUGUCGUCAAGGCAAUCGAUGAGGAGCUGUCAAGCUUGCAGAAGGCCGGUGGUAUCUUGAUCUUCUUGCCCGGCGUGGCAGAGAUCAACAGAGCGUGCAACGUCCUGCGAUCAGUCAGCUCUCUUUACGUCUUGCCGCUUCAUGCCUCGUUGGAGACCAAGGAGCAAAAGAAGGUGUUCUUGUCACCGCCACCUGGCAAGAGAAAGAUUGUCGUCGCCACCAACGUUGCUGAGACGUCCAUCACCAUCGACGACAUCGUUGCCGUUAUCGACAGUGGUCGUGUCAAGGAGACGUCGUUCGACCCCCAGAACAACAUGCGGAAGCUGGAAGAAACUUGGGCUUCUCGGGCAGCUUGCAAGCAGCGCCGUGGCCGUGCCGGUCGUGUGCAAGAGGGCAACUGCUACAAGCUCUACACACGAAACCUUGAGCAGCAGAUGGCUGAGCGGCCUGAGCCUGAGAUCAGGAGAGUUCCUCUUGAGCAACUGUGCCUGGCUGUGAGAGCGAUGGGUAUCCGUGAUGUCAGCCAUUUCUUGUCUCGGGCGCCGACGCCCCCUGAGGUGACAGCGGUCGAGGCGGCUAUCAAUAUGCUUCGUCGGAUGGGCGCUCUGGAUGGCGAUGAGCUGACGGCUCUUGGUCAACAACUGUCCUUGAUCCCAGCUGAUCUGAGGUGCGGUAAGCUCAUGGUUUAUGGUUCGAUCUUCGGCUGCCUGGACGACUGUGUCAGCAUUGCCGCCAUCCUCAGCACCAAAAGUCCCUUCUUGUCGCCGCCAGACAAGCGUGAGGAGGCCAAACAGGCCAAAAUGCGCUUCGCUAGAGGCGACGGUGACCUGCUCACUGACCUCCGCGCCUACCAAGAAUUCGACGCCAUGAUGUCGGAUCGCGUGCCUCAGCACCGCAUCCGCCAAUUCUGCUCCGAGAACUUCUUAUCCUAUCCCACCAUGUCAGACAUCUCUUCCACCCGCACCCAGUUUUACUCCAGCUUGACCGAGAUGGGGAUCAUUCCCCGUUGGUAUAACCCUCAAGCCUCACAGCAACAACAGCAGCAGUCGAUGGUCCUCCUUCGUGCGUUGACAGCCUCUGCAUUCUCCCCACAAAUCUGCCGCAUUCAGUUCCCCGACAAGAAGUUUGCUGCUUCCAUGGCUGGUGCGGUGGAGUUGGAUCCCGAAGCAAAGACGAUCAGGUACUUUGCUCAGGAGAGCGGGAGGGUGUUUAUCCACCCCAGCAGCACGCUGUUUGACUCGCAGGGGUUUUCGGGGCACGCGAGCUUUGUGUCGUAUUUCAGCAUGAUUUCGACGAGCAAGAUUUUUGUCAGGGAUUUGACGCCAUUCAACGCUUACACCCUCCUCCUCUUUUCUGGCGCCAUUGAACUCGACACGCAGGGUCGUGGCCUGGUGGUGGACGGUUGGUUGAGACUGAGAGGCUGGGCGAGAAUCGGUGUCUUGGUGUCGAGGCUGAGGGGCGUGAUCGAUAAGCUGAUCGAGACAAAGGUCGAGAACCCGGGUGUGGACUUUGACAAGCAGAAGCAGGAUGUGAUCAGGUUGGUGGUGAAGAUGAUUGAAUUGGACGGGAUGGAUGCUUAGAUGGGAUUAGAUAAAAUGGGGUAGAAUAGAGAAUGGAUGGAUGAUUUACGAACACUGUUGGGCUGUCCCAGGUGGUCGUGGUGGUAGAUGCAGCUUGGUUAUUAUCGACAGCAAGAGGGGUGACACUGGAAGGAGCAAAGAAACC